CUCGGCUUCCUUAAAUGGGGCUGAGUUUCUGGUUUUUAAGCUCUUCAAGCUCAUCUUCAGGUUCCAGCCAGCACUGGCCAUAAAUGGUAUCUGUGGUGACUGAGAGGGGAGAACAAAGAAGUCAACUUGUGAUCAAAAAAAAGGAAGUUUCAUAAGAAUUAUCUUGCGUCUUGGUUGAGCAGAAACAUGUCGUGGUGUAUGAUCUGAGACGUUGGUGGAAGACUCUUCAGACUGGGUGUCACAGCCUGAGUUGGAGUACCUGAUGGGGUGUCAUAACACUAAAAAGAGUGUACUCAGCUCAAUGAAGACACGUCUGGUCAUCUCCCUUCUCUGUGUUUUAUCGCUGUGUCUUCUCAAUGGAUGGCAGACACGAUUCCAGGCCACAGAGCCCUCUAGCUUCUCUAACAGGAGCAGCAGCAGAGAUGUGACCAUCCUGCUUUGGUACUGGCCCUUCGGCAGGUCAUUCAGCCUGCAGGGUGACGUGUGCUGGGACCUCUACCGUAUCCCUCGCUGUAGACUGGUGGACCAGCGCUCCUUGUUCCCUUCAGCUGAUGUGGUGGUGUUUCACAACAGAGAGCUGGUUCAGGGCAUCCACAAGCUGCCCUUUGACCUCCCACGGCCGCAAGGCCAAAGGUGGGCCUGGAUGUCCCUCGAGGCUCCUGUCAACAAUGGAAACUUGGGGAAGUAUGCAAACAUCUUCAACAUGACUGUAACCUACAGGAGGGACGCCGAUAUCACUAUACCUUAUGGUGAGAUACUAUCAAAGGCAGCUGAUGAACAUCUGGUGGACGAUGUCCCUCUGAAUAAGAGUUCUCUGGCCUGUUGGGUUGUCAGCAACUACAGGAACCAGCACAAGAGAAGCCAAGUGUACAAAGAGCUCAGUGCCGUAGUUCCUGUGAAAGUUUACGGUCGCUGGACAAAGAAUCCCCUCCCCUCUAGAGCACUCUUACCUACAAUCUCUGGCUGCUACUUCUAUUUGGCUUUUGAGAACUCACUCAGCAAAGAUUACAUCACAGAGAAGCUGUGGAGGAAUGCUUACCAAGGCGGGGUAGUUCCUGUCGUCAUGGGAGCGCCAUUAGGUGAUUACAAAGCCGUGCUUCCUCCUAAUUCUUUCAUCCACGUUGACGAGUUUGCAUCCAUAAAAGACUUGGGCGAGUAUCUACAACAGCUGGCAGAGGACAAGAAACGCUACAGUGAAUAUUUCACCUGGAAACGUCAGUGGAAAGUGAAGUUGUACACGGACUGGAGAGAGAGACUGUGUAAGAUCUGCUCACAGUACAACAGUUUACCUCAGCAGAAAGUUUACACAGACCUAGAGGCAUGGGUCAAUAACACUUAAGCUUGCAUAGUUGUGGUUCAUUUUUCCCUGAUAUUUCAUCCAACUUUAUCAUACUGUGAUAAGUUGGAACACAUUAUGACGUCAUUUUAUUGCAUCAGGACUUAUCAUGCUCAUUUUCAGGUUCAAACAUUUAUUUUGGGAAACUACUUGAAAGGGUUUACAUGCCCAUCUCAUUCUGCUCUGUUUUACCUCUUUUCUCUUUAAGCCACUCCCUCCCCAAAAAAACACUUGCUCUGAUUGGUCAGUUUGCACAUGCAUGAACCAGCACCAUCAAAAACAACUAAGCGGCUGUGCUUAAUUGACUCUAAUUUAAUUAAGUGGUAAACUAGCCAUUGGGCAUUCAGUUGUGCAUAUUUUUUUACAUGGUGAGGUACUAUGAUGUCACAGAGUAACAGAAUUAUAGGCGGGACUAUUGAAGAGGCGUUUCACAAGCAGUGUUUUCUGUGGGAGAGGGGCUUGGGUUGGUUUGGACUUUGGCCUUUUUAACUUUCAAGAUCUUUUACCUGCACAAAGACCCUGAAACACAGAAGGAAAAGAACAAAAAGAAAAAGGUGAAAAUCCUUUCAAGAGGAGAGAAAUUUGAAUAUAGAAAAAAAUCUAAAUAAUCACAUCCUUGAGAAUGAUUCAGCCUUCUCAAAGGACACUUUGGGAAGACAUUUAUACUGUAAAUGCACAUGACCAGCACAACCGUCAUGCUUUUAACUAAUGACUGAGUGACGAAAAUCCCUAGCACUUUAUAUCAGUCUAUUUUGAGAGCACUUAUAUGACUCAACAGCCCCAAAAACUUUUACUGUAAAAUUAGUUAACUGCAUGUCAAAGCACAAAAGUUACUGAUAACUAAGAUGCAAUAGAAGAAAUGCUGCCUUUGGUUCUACGGUAAAUGUUUUCUUAUGAUGUUGUCCUUUAAACUAAAGGCACAGGAUUCCAGAAAAACAUGAAAACUUCAGCAAGAGAUGAAAGCCUGAGCCUGAUGCAACUCCACCCUGCUACAACAGAUGUGCUGAAUGUAAUGAAGCAAUGGUCUAAAAAUAUAGCCUAUCCUAUAAAUGUUAGCAUUCUUAGAAUUCCAUAAUGCUGCACCAUUCAAAAGUUAUGAACUCUGUUUUAUGUUUUGAUAUACAAUAGCAGACUUUUGAUUUGAUGUCAAUUUCUUUGCAACGUUUUUGGUUUUGAAAAUGUUUACUGACUAUCAUCGCAGAGCUUGGGCUGUUAAAUUGUGAAUUGUGUUCAUGUUCUUUACCAAUAAAAAAAAAACAAUUGUUUGCUAAAGAA